AUGCGGGCUGCUACGAUGGCGGAUAGGGCAGAGGAGACAGAGCAGGCGAGGGAUGUCAACGGUUCGGCCGAUACGAGGACGAAGGCGUCGGCUUGGUGGAUCAUCCCGCCGUAUUUCGUCUUUGCGCUCCUCGCUGGCAUGACCGCGUCAACCGAGGUUGACCUGUACGGUCAGAUCGCUUGUCGAGCAGUCGCCGCUUCCGACGGCACCUUUCCCCAGCCUACAUUCCCUUUCCUCGACUCGAGAUUCAGUAAGGUGCAGGACGAGUGGAUGGCGCUGUGCAGGUCUUCGCCGAUCGUGCAGAAGCGCACUACGAGCGUCGUGACGACGGUUCUGCUCGUCGCCGGCAUCUUGAGCGCCUUGACGGCUGCUUGGUGGGGCUCGCUCAGUGACCGCAAGGGUCGCAAGAUUGUCCUCGCAUUCAUCUCGGCAAGCGAGACCAUUCAGGCGGUCAUGAUGCUACUCGUCUUGACUUUCCCGCAAACCUUCGGAUUCGGCUUUCUUCUCUUCAUGGCGGCGAUUGCAGGCUUGUCAGGCGGUCAGCUUGCUGCCGCGACAAUCGCAGCAGCGUACCUCGGCGACACUUCUCAGACAGCCUCGAAAACACAACUCCUUUCGUUCUACGAGGCUUCCGAGUUCGCAGGACAAGCAGUGGGACCGCUGAUCGGCCCUCUCCUGAUGCGCUCGUGGAAGCUCGGCCCGGCUACACCGUACAGCCUCAGCAUCUUCGCUCGCCUCGCCUACCUCGCUCUGAUCUUCUUCAUGCCCGAGUCGCUCACGCCGGAGAAGCGGAAGCUUUCGGCCGUCAAUACGGACGCCGACGACCUCGCUUCGACGAAGCCUGCCGCCCCGCUCAUCGCGCGGCUUUUGGCUGCGCCGAAGGAGCUCGUCGAACCUUUCCGAAUCCUCUUGCCUGAGAAGGUGAACGGCCGGCGGGACUACAGGCUCCUCCUCGUCGCGAGCUCGUACUUCUUCCUAAUGGUCAUUCCGGGUCUCGGCCCGGUCAAGGUUCUGUACGCACGCGCCAAGUUCGGCUGGGUGCCGGAGCAGAUCGGUCGAUGGAUCACCUACACGUCGCUCUGCAAGCUCGUCGUACUCACCGCCGUCGUCCCCCUCCUGAUUCGACUCCUUCGCAAGUCGAAGACCGCCGGCGGAAUGCCAGACGACGAUGGGCAGCGGACCGAGACGCAGCCGUUGCUGGGCGACCCGUCUGCGGAUGCGGAACAGCUAAAGGAGCGAAGGGCGAACUUGAACUGGGACGCAUCGCUCGCCUUGUUUGGCGGUGUCACAACCGUCUUCGGCUACCUCGUCGCAACGAUCCCGACGAAACGACCCACAGCUUUCCUCUCGAGCACCGCACUCACAGCUUUUGCCGCGACUUCACCGCCCGCCCUCCAGUCCAUCGCCCUCACGCUCGCAGCACCAGGCGACGCCGGCAAGGUCCUUGCCUGUCUCUCCGCCAUUGCGACAGUCUCGCUCUCUGCACUCGGACCUACCAUCUUCGGCGCAGUCAACAUGAUCGCCAUCGACCGCUGGCCAGAGGCCAUCUUCGUCGUUGCGGCGGCCUGGGUCCUCGCCUCUCUGAUACCACUCCUCGCUUCCCGUCUGAGCCGAAAGUAG